AUGCUAUCCAGAUUUGGUUGUCACUUCACUGUAUUGUACCCAAAUACUACAGCAACGCGUCUUCCCCAGCCGGACUCCAACGACGCGAAAUCCAAUUUGCGAUCUGACAAGGGCUCGGUGGUGGAUGGAAAACUUGAAUUGAUUCUCCGAGCCAACAAGAAUGCUGCAGAUGCGGGUAUGAAAGCUGCAGCUGCUGAGGACAGCUAUAAGAUCUGGGCCAAAAUCCUCAUUAAUCCCGAAAAUCUAGAUAAGAACCAGACUGCGGAGGAUCUUUCUUAUAUUCUUCAAGGAAACAGACUAAAACAGUUAAAUGUUAGUAUAGCUUUAUCACUUUUGACUACUUGCCACCGUCGCUGUCCUGUCAAUGAACUAGUCACUCAGCUCGACUCAAAACGUACCUUGCAAAAGUGGAAAGGAGGGAUUCUGGGAUAG